UAAUAUAAGGGACAGAGUCCUCUCUUGUGCUCCUUUUUACUCUUAUUGCUUUUGCUGUAUUCUACCACCAUGAACUGUUACCCCUGUGCCACAUCACCCUGUCUUGGAAAUGACUGAUUACGGACUGAAACCUCUACAAACUGCCUCUUGGGAUGGAUGCCACCCGCCUGCUCCUUGCCACUCUACUGGUCUUAUACUUCCUCACUGCCUGCAGCCACCUGCCACUUGAGGAGAAGCCCAAAGAUGACAGAUACCUGAGGAGCAACUCCUCCAAGAACUUCGUGGAUUUCCCCUCAGUCUCUAUUGUGGCACUGAACAAGAAAUCCAAAACAUUCAGCAAAAAGGAAGCAGAAAAGAGGAAACGAUCUUCCAAGAAAAAGGCUUCGAUGAAGGAGGUGAAGCCGCCCCGACCCCCGCCGCCCGCGCCCUGCGUGGCCACCCGCGACAGCUGCAAGCCGCCGGCGCCUGCCUGCUGCAACCCCUGCGCCUCCUGCCAGUGCCGCUUCUUCGGCAGCGUCUGUUCCUGCCGCGUGCUCAACCUCCACUGCUGAGUGCGCCCGGUCCCCGCAGGGGCGCGGCCGGGACGCGGCUUCCGAGGUCCAGGGGGCGCUGCUGGGCCUGGGGAUCGCUCACAGACGUGGCUUUCCGUAACUCGGUGCGGGCGUGGCCACGGGGUGGGCGUGGCUACAGGGGUUGGCGCGGAGCUUUCAGGAGGCGGGGCUUCAAAGAGAAGGGGCUUUCGCUAAAACCAGAAUAUAGCAUCUGAAGCUGCCGCUAGGCGUGUGGCAGUUCUUUACAGGACCACAAAGCUCGCGAUCCCUUCGCCGAGCCCUCUUCACCUGCAAGUCGCACGUACGGCCCACGCCGUGCUUUCCCGGGGUUAGGGACCCAGGUUACCCACGCUCCACAGCUGCAAGCGUGGUAUUCUCUUCUCCAGGUCCUGCGGCCGGGUUCGAGGCUGCCCCCUGCCUUUAAAACUGGGAACACCGAGGCUGGGUCCAAAAUCAGGGAAGGCAGGCUAGACAGACGAGCCAUUAAGGAACCGCUUUUCAGUUUUUCACCCUUUCUUCUUCUAUGGAGUUCCCCUCACUGGGCCCCUUUCCCCUCAAAAGAAAAAAAAAUGUUGGAACUGCACGCGCAAGCUCACCGGGUGGUUCCGAUGGUGAAGAGAGGGUGGCUGCUUUUGACUGGACCUUUCCUCACUUGCGACCCCAGCUAUUAUCUGGAAAAGAGGCAGUGGACCUGGGCAUAGUGAGUAGGCAGCAGUCGUACUCAGUUAUCUGGGGCCCGUUGCCAAAAAAUAUUCCAAGCUGUUUUCUGAAAUUCUGCGGACUUUGGAUGCAGCUGUCACAUCUUUGGAAGGGCAGCGUAGGGGCGAUCUGGGACACUGCUUUGGGAAGUGGGGGCUAGGAGGUCUGGGCAGGGACUUAAGGAAGGGCUAGUCAGGGGGAGGGUCACAAGCUAAGAGCUCCAGAUAGCAUCAUCUACUUGUUCUGCCAGACUGGACACCCUGACAGGAAAGAAGAAAAGCUAACAUACCACCCAUCAGUGGCCCCCUAAUGACAAGAGCUGUUGCCCAAGAAAUCACUAUAGUUGCAGUACCGGAUGAUAAAAGAGGAGGGGGGACUAUCUGACAGACAGGCUAUGAGGCAGAAGAAAUGUGGAGCCCUUACCUCAGCCCUAGAAUCUAUCUUUGAGGGUAAAGAGUGGGGCUCAGGGCCCCCUGCAAGUCCACGUCUCUAUUCACAAUUUCCCUUCUUUCAAAUCCCAGGAGAACUGCUUCUUGCCAAGAAUCUUUUCCCAACUGGAUACCCGGGUUGUGACUGUAGUGGCAUGAUAACCACGAGGUAAAUACCUCUUUCCUGUGAGACCCUGGACUGAAUAGAGUGGCAGUCAUCUGAAUGCACAUAAGAAAAGAUGGUACUCUAGGCUAGGCUGUAAACACAGUUCUGUCCCCUGUGUCUUUAUGUCUAUCUGGGCUUCCAUUUGCAUGGCUAUAAAAUAGGAAAUAAUU